CUAGGAUGCCAAAAACUAAGCUGGGAAACCAUUCUCUGCGGUACAUCAACAAUAACUUCGGUCUCUUGUUACCUUUCGGUCACUCGGUCACAUCCAACUCGUUAGGGCUUGGUAACAUAUGGAGUGUAGUUCGGAGUGUAGUUGGGAGUAUAGUUGUUCGACACGGGUUGAGCUUCCGCCGCGUAGAUCGGUUGGGCAUCUGUGGCACUGGGGUAAUGUGAAUAAUCAUUCGCUCCGACGCUGCUAGCGGUAGCUGUUUGUGGAACAAAAUUGGGAUUGUUGAAGCCGGUCGCAAAGCCAUCGUCGUAGUCCGAUGCCUGAGGCGGAACGGGUUGGGCCGGGGCCGCUGUUGGGGGUGAUCCGUAGGAUCCCUGUGUCUUCGUUGGCUGUGCUUCGUUUGGAUCUGCGAAUUCUACGGUAAAAGUCGACCCGGGUCCAAAGCCCUGGGGGACGACGAUUUCGUUCAAGCGACCGUCGGGCGCCGCCACAUGAAUCGUUUGGCCGCCAUGGACCCCCUGCGGGAGUGUCACCUGGAUGUAUUCCGGUUGCUUUGCGGUCCCGGCUCCGAUCUGGGGCUGAGCGAUGCCGCCCUCCUUCAGGACGAGGGCGUUUCCUCCCCCGUAACUCACAAAGUGACUUACGGCCUGUCCAUUCGAAAACUGAGAGGCCGGCGGUGUGUAGGGGUUGUGCGCUUGCCUGCGGUUCCCGGGAUACGAACCCCCCAAUUUGCUCGUGGUUUUGGUCUCUCCCGUGACGUGAUUUGUCGUCGUUUCUGUGCUAGAUGCGCACCCCAUUCUUCUCAGUUUUAUUCUUUGUUCGAGUGUGUUUUCAAAUCUAAAAUGUGUCGUAGUUGUCCCAAUGCGAUCGAGUUCUUCGAAAAUUGAGUUCUUGUUUGGUUUUGUUUAUUUAUUGUUUCGUUGCCGGUGAUGGCGAUGGUAAUGGUAAUGGUUGCUUGGCUGGAAUUAUUCCCGUAUGGUGCUCUUUUUCGAGAAGCUCGAGUGAUUGAUUGACCUCUAAGCGUUGAAUGAAAAGACUCGAGAAGGAUUUCUUUCCGAUUCUUGACGAUGCUUUCUUCGCUCGGUACAGAACCAGGUAGUACCGUACGGUACAGAGGGGUACAGUAGAUUACUGCUCAUUCCGUACUCAUACCUUCUACUGUAUGAUACUGUAUGACACAAAACUUGAUACCAGUGCUUCGUACAGGUACGUACAGUCCCUCCCACUAUCCGGAAGCUAAGCUAGAACAGUUGUACCGCAUGAGUCCUACAGUAUUUGCUACUACGAUUUGCUCCUGUAAUUUACAUACGUACAAUACUGUAUUGUACCAUACAUACGUAGUACCGGUACAUCGUACGGUACUGUUAUUGCGCAACAGCCUGGGAACAGCGUCUGAGACUCAAUCACGAGUAGAUAGUGAAUAAGCUCACUCAUUAUUGUGGAACAGUUCUCUAAUCUUCAAGGUAYCUACAAAACGUACGGUACGUAUGUAGGUAUAGUAAUGUAUUCCUUUAGCGGAGCGUACGAGUAUUACCGUAAGUAAGGUACGUACCUGCACGAAAUCCGUUCACGAUCCCUUUCGUUUAAAGUAAUUGUGAUUCAUUCGGUGAAUCCCGUAUCAGGCACGUUUCGACUGACUCACUCGGUCCUCGUAGUCACACACCUGUAAACUGGGAAACUGCAACUCUCAAAACGGCAACGUACCGUACAUAUUCGAUUCGAUAUGGUAGAAAAGGUUGUUCGCUAUCGGUGAUUGUGCAACUUUUCUGACCGUACGGCCUCGGUUGGAUCGACCAUUUGUGGAGGAACAUUAUCGGAAUUAGAAGCUGACAGGCACGAUAGGAAAACAUUGUCAUCGAUCGACCGACUCAUUACUGAUUGAUCAUUUUUGGUUUUCAUGUGGGGUUCAUUGAAAAAGGUUUCCGUUGCCUUGUUGGCAACGCGAUCGCCGCAAAAGCAGAACUAUGCUCCCGAUACCACGGGUCAGAUUGCCCGGGAUUCCAGAUCUCUCUACACAUUGUUGCGCGACAAGGGACCCGUGGUUCGGGAAUAUUCUCCCACCGUUCGGUUUACCUAUGUGACUCCGCCACCAACGUCGGCUGCAGACUGGAUGGACGAGGACGUGAUCAUGUCCGAUUCCGACAUUAUGAGCAAGGCGGAGCACGACAGCACAACAUCGAUUUUUAAAGAAGUGGCGAAACGACACGGUGAAGAGAAACCUAUUGCUAUCUACCUUCCGGGACUCGAUGGCUUUGGAAUAUCGGCAGCGUCCUUUCAAUUCAACGACUUGUCGAAGACAUUUGAAUUGUGGAGAAUGACUGUCGACGGAGACGACAGAACCUCCUUUCACGAUUUGGUGCAAAAACCGGUGCAGUUCUUGAGCGAUGUUGUAGGAAACAGCACCAGACCGGUGUAUAUUAUCGGAGAAUCAUUUKGUGGAAUGCUAACAUCUGCCGUGGCAUUGCAGGUUCUCAAGCAAGCAGGACAGAAGGGAGAUGGCGAAGAAGGAACACUCCCCAUCAAGGGAAUGGUUCUGGUGAACCCGGCCACUUCCUUCGACUCUUCUUCCUGGGAUGUUCUCGCACCUAUAUUGACCACACUAGGAAAACUCACAACGCCAACUGAACCAACGCAACUAGGGCCCUUUCAGCUUCCAUCCCUCUAUUCUGUUGUCGGAGGCAUGACCUUGUCGGCCGUGAUACCGAGCGAGCAACAAUACCAGAGAAUGUUCGAUACGUUUUUAAACAUGGAAAGCAUUCGAGAUACUUCGCGAAUCGGGGAAACCAUUAAGGGGUUUCUAGAAUCGUUCGAUAUAACUUCUGAGUUUUUGCCCCCGGAUCUCCUGGAACACAGAAUCAAAAACUGGUUAAUGGUCGGAUCUUCGGUGCUGGUUGAAUCACUAUUGAAGCAACUCGACAUUCCGUCGUUGAUCAUUUGCGGGGAAAAAGACAAUCUGAUCAACUCGAAAGAUGAAGCAAAGCGACUGACCAAGCUGCUCCCACAAUCCCAAGAACUUACGGUGAAGAACGCCGGGCAUUUCAUUCUUGACGAGAAUGUAAACUUGACCGAAGCAAUUCUCUACUCCAAUAUUGAUCCCCUGGCCCUGGUGGCACAAGAAAAGAAAUACGAUCCAAUUUCCGACUGGGAAAUCCCUUCGUUGCAUGAUAUGAAUCAGACAUUGAGCACAAGCGUGAAGCAACUCGAGGACAAUUUUAGUCCGAUUUUCCUCAGUACGAACAUGGAGGGAAAGCGCUCGUUUGGAAUAGGUCAUGUCCCACGUGAGGGGCCAAUACUGUUCGUGUCCAAUCAUCAACUCUGUAAGUUGGCUCUUCGCUGUAUUUCUCGGCUAGCUAUAACCGAUUGGGACCCGCGCUCGACUUCACGCCUCGGAGUAUCAGUCUCUCAUAUCAUUAUUUCUCGAAUAAAACUUGUGCGUCCAUUGUUUAGUGGGGGGAGAUCUAGGUAUGUUAGUUGGGAAGCUGUAUAAGAACGACAUUCCUGUAAGAGGGCUGGCGCAUCCAAUCAUAUUCCAAGGGGCCACGGCACUUGAAUCUGGAAGUAGGCUUCGAAAAAGCAGAGAUUUAGGACGAAUCCCUGGAAUAGAAGAGCCGAUAUCGGAUAGAAGCAACAGUGUUCAAAAUAUGCAGAAUUUCGAAGAGUUUGGAGCCGUGAUGGUGACGCCAAGGAACUUUUACCGACUGAUGCAAACAGGACAAAAUGCAUUGCUCUUCCCGGGGGGUGUUCGCGAGGUUUUCCAUGGCAGGGACGAAAGCUACCAACUAUUUUGGCCAGACAAGGUAGAUUUUGUCAGGACAGCUGCGAGAUUCAACGCUACCAUAGUUCCGGUCAGCGCGGUUGGUAUGGCUGAUUCGUUCAAUUUCUUGCUCGAUUCGAGAGAAUUGCUCGACCUGCCUGUUCUUGGUGAAAGGGCAAAGAACUUCACAAAUAGUGUUAGAGCGGCACGCUUCGAUUUAGGCAACCAGGAUGAAUUAUUCUUACCCCCAGUAGUGGUUCCCGGUCUACCCUCUCGAAAUUAUUUCAUUUUUGGCAAGCCAACGCAUACACACGAAGUCGACCCGAAAGAUAAAGAUGCCUGUAAAAGAGCUUAUCUGGAUAUCCAAAAGGAGAUGAAACUAGGAUUUGAUGAUAUUCUAAAGGCAAGAGAAAAGGAUGCCUUCAAGGACGCAGUUCCAAGACUUGCCUAUGAACGACUGACAGGACAGAAGGCACCAACCUUCGAUAUCAAUGAAUUAAAUUAAGUUAUCGACGGCUAGAGACUAACUUGAUUCUAAUCUCGAAAAUUUUAGCUAUAGAUCAGAAAGAAACGAAGAUGACGUUUCCCCUGCUUCACAGGCGGAUUUGGGACGAGACAAAAGUUGUUUCUUUGCAAUAAUCGACGCGGAGUAUGAAAAACCAUUAAUUCUCAGCUCCGUUCUCGUUAUCUUGAGAUUUAUCUUCGAAUUCACGCUGGUAUGUGGAACCUUCUAUUAAGUACUCCUUCACAACAUCCAAUUCAAGAUCGUGUAAUUCACCGCAGAUGAUCAAUGAAUGCAACGGUCCCCCGAGGUCUGCUUGAGUCAACUCUUCCAGAGUGCCUGCUACUAUUUUUUGAGUCGGCUGUCCCAUUCUUGCCAAACCAACACAAAGCGUUUUUUUGCCGUCAUAGACUCCUUCUCCGAGUUUCUCUUCUGCUUCAAGAAGUUGUUCGGCAGCAACGUUCACCGACAUGUAACGUGGCGGCAAAAAUUCUGUUCGUCCCUUCAUCAUGGCGUCAAAGUCAGGUUCCUUUACUUUUAUAUCGAGUAGACAAAGGGUAUGCAUACCUCCCCGUCGGUUGUAUUUGAUUUUUGGAUAAAAGGAUGUUGGCCUCCACUUGUCGUCAAAGAAGGGGAUACUAACAGUCUGCCCAUAGUUGUAGAGCUGCAAGCCGCAUGCUCCGGCAGCACCCAUGAUGGAGGCGUUGUGAACCAUUUCGACCUUGACACCAACCUCCUUCGCUCUCAAGACUAGAUCAGUGUGAGUGGUAGCACAUACUGGAUCGCCUACGACAAGAAAGGCUAUAUUCUUUUCCUUAGCUGGAUCGAUUAUAAGCUCAUCGGCAUCGUUUUCGCACAUACCCCGAUCGGCCACAGUCACGGGUUUGCCAUAAAAUGCUUCCAAUUUCUCUUUCGGGACACCUCCCAAAAUAGAUGUGUAGGCUUCCA